AUAAAUAAUUGCCCAAAAAAAUCAAGUUCUAUAAAUAGCUUUCUACACGUUUCUUCUUCAAGACUCAAGAGUCCUCAUCGAUUCUCUUCAAAUCUGUAAAUCUACUUUCAAAUCACUCGCCUCAUUUUCAUCCCUUUUCUACCUAUACACACGCAAUACACACAACCUCUUUUGCAAAAACACUCACAAAAGCAGCCCAAAGGCCUGAAGAUUGAAACUUUAUAAUCAGAUCUUGAAAUCUUGAAAUUUGGGCUUAAACCCUUGUGAUGAAAUGGGUCAAGCAUCAGUAAUUAUAUACAUAACUAUAGCUAUUUUGAUUCUUUUCUUGAUUUCUCACUCCCCCACCACCACUAAACCCGCUCACCACCGUCACCGCCGGCUCAAACUCCGGUCAAAUUUCUCAUUUUCCGACCAUUCUAAGCCGACCCAUAUCCCGUUUGAUCCAAUUGUGGCGGAUAUUGAGCGAAAGCGAGAGGAUAAGUUAUGGGAAAAAUCACAGUUUAAGUUGGAUGAAGGGGCGGCUAAAGGCGAUGAGUCGCAGCCCGAAUGGGAGGAUUUCAUGGAUGCUGAGGAUUAUUUGAAUGAUGAGGAGAAGUUUAAUGUGACUAAUAGGAUUGUGUUGUUAUUUCCGAAAAUUGAUGUGAAUCCGAGAGAUGGGUUUGUGAGUGAAGCUGAACUUACUGACUGGAAUUUGAAGCAGAGUGAGAGGGAAACUUUGCAUAGGACUCAGAGGGAUAUGGAGAUUCAUGAUAAGAAUCAUGAUGGGUUCGUUUCGUAUGCUGAGUAUGAUCCGCCUAGUUGGACGAGGCAUUCAGAUAAUGAUUCGUUUGGAUAUAACAUGGGUUGGUGGAAAGAGGAGCAUUUCAAUGCAUCUGAUGGAGAUGGGGAUGGACUCUUAAACUUAACAGAAUUCAACAACUUUUUGCAUCCAGCUGACAGUGGGAGUCCCAAGCUACUUCAAUGGUUGUGCAAUGAAGAAGUAAGAGAGAGAGAUACUGACAAAGACGGGAAGCUUAACUUUAAAGAAUUUUUUCAUGGGCUAUUUGAUCUUGUCCGAAACUACGAGGACGAGAGUCAUAAUUCUUCACAUGAGUUGGAUGACUCUUUGGACGCUCCUGCGAAAAAGGUGUUUGCAGAACUUGACAAAGACAAUGAUGGAUAUUUGUCGGGCACGGAACUGCUACCUAUAAUUGAGAAACUUCAUCCAACUGAGCAUUAUUAUGCGAAACAACAGGCAGACUAUGUUAUACAACAGGCUGAUGCUGAUAAAGAUGGACGUUUAACUUUGUCCGAGAUGAUUGAAAGCCCCUAUGUAUUCUACAGCGCUAUAUUUAAUGAAGAUGAAGAAGAUGAGUACGAAGACCACGAUGAGUUCCGUUAGUUUGGAAACAUUAGCUCGGCAGGAUCUGAAGAACUUAAUUAGUCAAAAGUUUACUUUGUAACAUACGGGAAGAGGCACUGCAUAUAUAGGGGACUUGGCGAAUUUCAGAAGAAUGAUGGUCAAAUGAUAUCUAGAGGUGAAAUGAAGCAUUUAGUUUCAGGGCUUCAUUUCACUUUCUUUUAAAUUGGGAAUGCAACUUAUACUAUUCUUAAUUUCCACUUAGGGCAUACUUCCCUGAUUUCCUUUUUGCAGGUUCUAGUUGUACCUCAUUUUCUAUCUUAAAGUUACAAUUUUAAUUUUUUUUUUUGCCUCGCAUGAACUAUAAUCAUACUCUGUGUAAUAGAACAUUAUAUAUUGUCAACAGUAUUAAAUAUCGACCUCAUUUCUCUGUGA